CUCUUCCACGGCGUUAGCGGCUCCGCAACUGCCGGCAAAAAGCGUGUGUACGCCGCCCGUAGCCGUGCGAUCUCGGGCACCACUAACAAGCCCUGAAAUUGUUGAAGACGCCGAUGCCGUGUCUCACCGAGUGACAUCGCAACGAACUCCGAGAUAUCGCUGCACGCAAUGGCCGCCGCCGAGUCCCCAGCGCAUGUGCCUGACCAGGGAGCCUCUGUCAGCGACGAGCAGGAGAGAAAGAAGCUCCGGAACCGUCUAUCGCAGCGCGCGUUCCGCCGCAGACAAGCAGAAUGCAUCCGCGAGCUGCGCAACCGCGUCAAUGUCGACCAAAGGCCGGACAGCGAGCGGGUGGAGGCUCUGCAGCGGGAGAACAGCCGGCUCCGGACGCAGCUCGUUGAGGUUCAGAGCAAGUUGGGUAGACUGCUCGCGACAGUGCAGUCGCUCACGGAUUCUGUGUCUGUAACACUCGAUGGAACGGUCGAUGAGACUAAAGACAGCGGAAAUGAGUCUGCGGUACAGGAUAAGCGUGGAUCCAGGCAAAAGCACAAGUCUCAUGAGAGACAGUCGCAAUCAGUUGACUUUCAAAUGCCGCCGUUGGAUAUAACGGAUAUUACAGAGUCUACCGAGACUGCAGUUCUUAGUUUUCGUCCUUCAGUUACCCCAGAUGCCACUGACAAGACCAGCUUUGCGGGCGCAGACCUAGCCAUGGUCGACCCCGGGACCUUGUAUCAGCAAAUUCCAAAUAUCUGGUCCUUUGAAUAUCAAAUGGGCCUGGACCCGUAUAUGGAUGCCAUUACUGCGUCUCACCACUCCAGCAUGGUGCUCGGCAAAGAAUGGAUCCACUCCAACUCGCCCUUCUCAGACCACAUCCAUGUGUUGCAGUGCCUCCUCAAGGACAAAUUCAGCAUGAUGGGUAUCUCGCCCGAACUACAAGGUCCAACUCAGAGUCUUUACCAACCUGUCCUAAUGGUUCUUUCCAUGUUCAACAGCAUGACUCGACCUGAUGUGAUGGCAUGGUAUGCAAAGACGCGCUUCUUCCACAUCAUCGAGCUCACGGCCUGGCAACUGUAUCCCUCCAUCGGCACAUUUGAAAAGCUCCACGAAAGAUAUCGCCCAACCGAAGUGCAGAUGAAGAACCAGUACCCGCUCGUCAUCGACUGGAUCCCGUUCCCCUCCAUCCGCGACCGGCUCAUCAAACUGCACGCCGCGAAUCCUCAGAUCGACCAAAUCUUCUGCGACGCCGUCACCGGCUACGUCGUGGAAGCCCUCAUGUGCGACCUGAUCCGCGGCGCGCCAACCGCCAAAGUCUACAUCCGCGUCACCGACCUCAUCACCGCCAUGUCCACGACGUCGCCGUCCGCCGAGCGCGGCCCCGUGAAGCUCCCCGCGCCCGACGUUGCGUCCAUCUUCACGUCACCAGACUACGCAGCCGCCGCGUUCAAGUUCCUCAACAUGGACCGCGGCGCGUCGUACUACAAAAUCGACCCGGCCUUCUUCGGCAAGUAUCCAGAGCUGUACGACCCGGCCAACCACAUGACGGCGAGCGGGAUCCCCUUGAAGCCCGACAUGCAGAUCUGCCUGACCUAUCCAAAACCCCUUAAUACGUCGACCGUCGAGACAUACCGCAGCUUCAUUCACUUUUCCCUCGACGCCGUCCACAGCAUUUCCGUCAUUGCACGCAAGUUUGCAACAUCUUUACAGCACAUCACCAUGUCGGAAUUAAUGUCGACCGAUCGAAAGGCACAGUACAGUUUCUCGGACGACUACAGCGAGGGCGCACACCCGCUCAUCCUAAAGGCACUAUUCACAAGCAACUAUACCCAGGAGGUCGGAUACGGAAACGACACAUACUGCGAUCUAGCGAGACAAAGAAUCCGAUGCCAUCUCGGACGAGACGAUGUCGGAGUUUUCUUCGUGCCUAGCGGAACUUCAGCCAACGCCAUUUCCAUUGCGGCCUGCCUGCGCCCGCACGAAGCCGUCAUCGCAGCGAGCUCCGGGCACAUUGUUACGCGGGAGACGGGUGCCGUCGAGGCAUCGGGCCACAAGAUCAUCAACGCGACGCCUUGCAAUGGAAAGCUGACACCCGAAAUCAUAUCCAAAUCCCUCGACGAAAACUGGCAUUUCCCCCACAUGGCGAAGCCGCGGAUGGUGUACAUCUCCAACGCAACGGAGUUCGGUUCGGUUUACACAAAGGAGGAACUGCGCGCGAUCAAAGACCUCUGCGAAAAGAAGAACCUGCUUCUUUUCCUCGACGGCGCGCGAAUUGGUGCUGCGCUGUCGUCCAAGACUAAUAAUAUGACGCUGCACGACGUCCUGGAACUGACUGACAUUUUCUGGAUUGGAGGAACCAAGAAUGGAGCGCUGCUGGGAGAGGCAGUGGUUGUCAAGGAUCCAAGCUUAGCAAGCGAAUUUGAAUUCUACGUAAAGCAGCACGGCUCACUCCUAGCCAAGGGUCGCGUGGUAGGAGCCCAGUUCGCCGAGCUAUUCCGCGAGAACCUCUACUUUGAGCUUGCCGAGCGGGCGAAUCUUGCGGCCGAGAAGCUCUCGUGCGGAAUCGCCGACGCCGGAUUCUCUCUGUACGUCACCACGGAGACGAACCAGGUGUUUGCCGUGCUGCCCUUGUCUCUGAUUGAGAAGUUGCAAGAGAGGUUUUCGUUUUACGUGUGGGAGAAGUAUGGCGGCGAACAAGCAGUAGUGCGGCUGCUCACGACGUGGGCGACGCAUGAGCGGGAAAUCGAGGCUUUUAGUCAGGUGGUGAAAGACUGGAACAAGGCAAUCCAAGUUCGGGCGCGACUCUGAUGGUUUGGAACUUGACAAUUGAUGAGGGAUAAGAGACGGAGAAGAAGUUGGAAAAUUGGGAGGGAACAAUUACACAUUUACGCAGCGGGUAGAACUACAAGCAUAGAGGG